AAUGGCGAUUCGAGUCAGAGUUCCUACCUCAAUUACUGCCCUUCCAGCUUCCAUGGUUGAUCCACAGAUGACUAGACGAGAGAAAAGACAGAAACUCAGAGACCUGGUUAAAGGCAGAGAUCGAAUGUGCUUCAUUCAUUCAGAUCCAAGACUUACUCUCGCAGCAGUAAAGACCGAGCUCCAGAGGCGUGUUGCUGGCAGUCCAGUCCAAAUGGGUGUUCCUCAAAACUUUGCUGUAAAAGAACAAAACCGCAUCUUAACACAAAAUCUUAAAAGCCCGCUAGUCACAAGCUUCUGCACAAAGGCUGCUGAAUACAAUAAUAACUUCAGGCUUGAACAAGGUACUCCUGUCGCAUCACCAACUUCAAAGUUCAAGAAAGUCAAAUUCAUGGGUCAGAUAAACACAGCACAAGCUGGGAUGUCAGUUCCUUAUACCUUACACAUUGAACAAAAAGUUAUGGACGGAGUCACGUCUGAGCCGGUGUAAAUUGGAAAAACUUUUUACAAGCAACCAUGCGAAUGCUACAGAAACAUAUGACUUUAUGUCAUCUAAAAUAAAUGAUAAUCUAUAUUGUAUGAGAUACGACGUCGAGAUUGUGUUCUAUGAACCAAACAAAAGCAAAUACUAUGGCAAAUGUAUAGCUACUUUUUCUUACAUGUUCAGUUAACAAGUAAGGUGUCACAUACUAGUAUCAUCAUAUCGCUUAAAGUCGUAUUUUUAAUGCAUUAUUGGUGAUUUUAAGUUGUCAUUGAGUGGCUGAGAGAAUGCAUACUAUUACCAACGAAUCGAAAUAUCUUUAUAUUUUAAGAGAUUAUAUAUAGCGGUAGUGCGAUUGAUCGCUAUACUUACAGUAUUUUAUGCCACAGACUGUUGCAAAUCAUGCAAGCUAGAAAUCAUACGAUAACCUGUAAUAUUUUUUUAAACAAUAAAAUCGAAGUUUGAA